GGACACAUUUAUUUGGUCUGUUCCCUUAGAGAAAGUCGUUCUCCACCCAGAAGUGAAGAGGCUGUGACAGCCCAUCUCCAAACCAACAACACAGUCUGCUUUUGAAACAGUAGUCGGCGUGCUGAUCCAGGAGCUACGCAGGAGCCCUCUAUCUCUCUCUCUUUCUCUCUUGGACCUGGGACGCCAAGGCGCAGGGGAGAGCUCAUACCACAACACAUCAGUUCUCCAUGGCUCUGUGCAACGGAGACAGCAAGGUCAGUGGGGCUUGAACUACUUAGUCCUUCGAUAAAAUGUAGCCCGGUUGACUUUUCGGUAGGACCCUAGUAGCUGGUGUAGUGUCUCUCGACUAAUUACGGCCUGUGUGCACCUCGAGGGGGAAAGUUAGACAACAUGUAACAUUACUACCAGUUACUCUGAGGAGCACUGAGUCCACAGCCGUGUGUCUGUUGCGGUAUUAGAUUGACAUGUUGCCCAUAGUUUCUCACCAACCGGGCACACAAUCUCACAGGUUUUGGUGUGCGGAAUUUUCGAUACAUAUCGUCACUGUACUCUGUUGCCUUCUUAUGGAGGAUCCCCAUAGCACCCCUUUGCCUCCAAGUACCGCGUGGGUUUUAGCAUAGCAACGCUAAUUUAGCCAACUGCUAGCAGGCUAACGGCGAUUUUAGCUUUCUGUGUCCACAACCCGUCAGCUAGCGUGCUAUCGGUGAUAGCUAGCUAUAGCUACCGACUAUAUUUGAUAUUUGAAAUGUUUCAUUCGACCCAAAGUCCUUUUAUUAAAAUGUUUUUGCCCCCAUUUUGGAAAAAUGUCUGAACACAGUAUAAACUUAUCUAUUUCACACCGCUGUUGCUACUAACUGACAGUAACUGACAGUUUUGCUAACGUCGUCACCAAGCUAGUAUGAGGCAACUUGCGUUUACCGGUCUGCCAACUUACGUACCUAAAAAACUGCUGAAAAACUGUCGUGUAUUUUUCUUAUCCUAAUUUCACUGCUAACAACCACUGUGGUUGUUAACGUUUUUUGUAAAUGACUAUGUGUGUUUAUUAUAAAUAGUUCCAAUGUGGUGUUUACGUAAUAAAUAUUAGAAUGAAUUUUAGUCACAUUUGCUCACUGUCAUUAACCACCCGUCCAUAUCUACCCAGGUAGCUAUGACUUCUUUGUAAGUUUUCCACUAAGGGUAGUUUUUACGGACUUUGAACAAUCUCUUUGUCCUGAAAAUACUACAAAUGAUAAUGCCAGCGCUUCAGAGAGAGGCAGAGUACCCUGAGCAACCUUGAAAAUUGAUAGAAGGCUUCUCACUAAUAACCUCUGAGUGGCUUGUGGGUUUCAUGUGAUUUUACUGAUGAGCUGAAUGGUCACAGCACGUUCCUCUCAAGUGACUGUCUGUCUGAAUUAGAGCUCACAUGGCUAUGAUAAUGUAAGGCCCUUUUUAUGUCACAUUUUCCUCGGGUUGGCCAGAGAUGUAACACUGUUAAGAUCCAGAGUAGUUGGUUACCUCCUACCUGACAUCUUCAGGAGGUUGAGUUAUAACUAUGUAUGUUUUUUUUUUCUGUCUAAUGUAUGUCCACAGCUGGAGAUCAGCAGUGCAGAGCAGAAUGGGUCAUGUGAGGGAGCAGUGGCAAUCCUGGAUGCUGGGGCACAGUAUGGUAAAGUGAUAGACCGACGGGUUCGGGAGCUGUUUGUACGCUCAGAGAUCCUCCCUUUAGAGACCCCGGCGUUUGCUAUCAGAGAGCAGGGCUACAGGUGAGCUAGAGACGCAUAUGAGACAGAUUUUUGCACACUCUCUCAAAUCAUAUAUGUAUGUUUAUACAAUAACUUUCUUCUUUUUUUAUUUAACCAGGAGAAACAGAACUCAUUGAGAUUAAAAGUCUCUUAAUUUUUUUUCAAGAGUUCCCUGGCCAAGACAGCAGCCAUGCAUACAUACGUACAGAAGUGUUCAUGUUAACAUCUAAUUAAGAUAGAUAGGCAGGUAUGUAGGUAGGUGAUCUUUGCAGUUUGGUUUGAUUAUUGUCUCUCUCUUUAAUUUUAGGGCAGUCAUAAUUUCAGGAGGUCCAGCGUCUGUGUAUGCAGAGGAUGCCCCCUGGUUUGACCCUGCCAUAUUCACUAUCGGAAAACCCGUACUUGGAAUUUGCUAUGGGAUGCAGGUAUCUGUGCACAUGUUUAAAAUUCAGUGAUAGAAGGUUUUGGUGUUAAUGUUCCACCACAUUGUUUCAGGAAAUGUUUGUGCUGCACUUUGACUCUGAGUUGCAACACUUGUAAUAAGAUUAAUGAGUAUGAUGUAGCUCAUUACAACAGAAAAUGUAAACAAACAGCAGCAUAUAGAGGAAAGACACAAAGAACCCGAAGUGAGUGAUGGGUUUGGCACUGCCAGGUUAGGGUACGAGAUGUCACUUACUCAAUUUUCCCCACAUUAAAACCAGCAGCCAUCAGUUCACUGACAUUCUUCCUCUAUAUAUCAGACACCUGUUGUAUAUCUGGAUUCAUACAUGUUUGAUGUCUUAACCUAACUGUAUGUUUUUGUGUUUGUUAUGACAGAUGAUGAAUAAAGUCUUUGGUGGCACAGUCCAUAAAAAGAGUGUAAGGGAAGAUGGAGUGUUUAGGGUUGGACUGGACAACACUUGCUCACUCUUUAGGUAGUAUGUUUGCUCAGUUGGAUCUUUCCAUGUGUUUUCACAUCAUAGAUGUUUGUGAAUAUGAACAGUAUUUUAUAUCAUCUCAAUAAAACCACAUGUGUUUAUCUUAUCAGAGGCCUACAGAAGGAGGAACUGGUCCUGCUGACCCAUGGGGAUAGUGUGGAUAAGGUGGCUGAUGGCUUUAAAGUUGUGGCCCAGUCAGGGAAUAUCAUCGCUGGUGAGUUCAGUGUUGAAAGGGUAUCAUUAACAUGAUCCAAAAUUCUAAUGACCCAAGAGAGAUAUUGUUUCAUGAAAUGGAUCAUCAACAACCUGAAAUAUUGUGGCCAGAAAAACAAACAUUGGAAUGACUAUUUAAGUUUGAUGUUAUGGCUAAUUUUGUCUCAAACCUAGAAAAGGAAACAGGACAAUUCUUUAAAAAACAUAUGUAAUUUAAAGUAUCUUCACCUGUGUCAUGACAGCAGCCAUUGAAUUUUGCCAGAUGUGCAAAAACUAGAAUGGCUUUUUAAGUUUGGGAUGUUUAAGCUGACUCAUUUUGACUGGAAAGCCUGGACAAGCUAGUCUCUUUAGUUAGUGUAAAUGCUGUAUUUGAAUGUUCUCUUUCCUACCAUGACAGCAGCCAUCUUGCAUCCCUCUUCAUAUUUCAGACAGCUGCAGUACACAUGGAUUUGAAAUCAGAAUUUAAUCUUUGUGAGCACAGCAUACAUAAAACUUUAAACUCUAAUGAUGAUAAGGACAUGGUUAACAUUUAUUUCAUUCUUCUUGUACACAGUAUGUUAUGAAGCCUAAGUUUGUAUGCGUUUGUAGCCAACACUGCCUCUGAGUAGGCUGUUAAAUGUCUCCUAAAACAUCCAUCGAAAAUCUUGACUUUGGCUUGUUUUCUACUGGUUUUGCACGAACAGACAUUCUGAGAAUAUAAACAGGCAAACUGAUCUGUUCCUCCUCACAGGAAUCGCUAAUGAACAGAAGAAGCUGUAUGGGACGCAGUUUCACCCUGAGGUUGACCUGACAGAGAGAGGCAUGGAGAUGCUGCGUGCCUUUCUUUUUGAGAUUGCUGGAUGCACUAGUAACUUUACUGUACAAAAUCGCCAACAGUCCUGCAUUGAUGAGAUCAGAGAAAAAGUAGACAAGUCUAAAGUCCUGGUAAGUAAAACUGCACUGGUGUUUCAUGAUUGUAUGAGUGCUGCUUUCCAAACAGAGUGCAGAGGCUACAGUUCUGGCUGAGACCUCAGGUUUGACCCUCACCAUUAACUCUUCAUGUUUCUGACUUCAUCCACUACCAUGUCAUACAGACAACAUAAACCAUAGAUAAUUGAAAGGACAAAUAGCAGAGAGUUUUGCCCUGCUUUUAGCUUGUGAUGAGAGAUGAUUUUUAAAAAUGGAUCGGGGUGCUAAGUGUGCUGGGGUAGCUGCUUAGGCAGCACUGGCAACAGCAGCAGAAGUGGUGGGAAGUUGAGUAAAACCAAUAAAUCUCAAAUGGAAGCAUGUUUUAUCUGAAAAGAGGUAACUAACUCCCUAGGCAGCUUCAAUCUGGGUCUCAUCUCAGGAGGGAAAUGAGUUAAAUGAGUGUUGGAAACAGACUGAAGCACAGGAGUUGCGUUAAAGAAAUUCAUGCAUAUUCGUAUUCCUUUAAAAAGGGGGUGUUGUCUUUUUUGGGCAUUAUAUUGUCCUUCUGAUAGUUUCUUUGCAGCUUUACAUGAUUUACAGUUUAACAAACUUCUAACAUAUUUCAGCCUACUGUCUUUGAAAACCCUCUUUUCAACCACUGCCUGAGACACGCCAUUUAAGCCACUGUCCAACCUGAAACUUAACUUAUACAAAGUACAGACAUCCAAUUUUUAAACUUAUGUUUUAGAGAUAUGAAAAAAGCACAAAACCACCUCUUUAACUACAGUCUGUGAAGUAUAUCAUUACUGUUUGAUACUAAACCUUCUUUUAAGUCACUGCUGUUGUAACAAGUUUGGCAGUUUGAUUGUUUGUUUCUUGUUGGUGGGUUGUCAACAUAAAAUGCCAAUUUAUACUUAUGUCGCUUUUACACCAGAGCUGUUUGGUCCGCUUUAAAUGGGCCAGAGUUCGUUUCCUCGCAUAGUCCGCUUCGUUUGGGCGGGUGUGAAACCUCAUCCGAACUCUGGUGCGGACCAAACAAGCGAACUCUGGUCCACCUGAAAAAGUGGGUCUCGGUUCGCUUGCAAGUGAACCCUGGUUCGGUUCAUAUGCAGUGUGAAAGCUCACCGGACCAAACACAGGACCAAAUGUACGUAAUGACGCUAUACGCAGUGCAUCUUGGGUAGAGGAAGCACAGCGCACACUCCAAACCAAAACAAACAUGGCGAGAGGACGGAUGUGGACAGACGAAGAGGAUAAAGCUCUCCUUGAUAUAUGGUCAGACGAAAGCAUAAACCUAACUCUGACAUCCACUGACAUCCCCAGAACAGCCAACUUCACAUGAUGCUCCAUCUUUACGGUUGUUUUUCUGCAGCGGGAUAGAGGGAUUCCCCCCCUACUUUGUCCAAUCGACGAGCGCCCCUUUCAACCACGUGAUGCAGCUCGGAAAGUUCAGUGCGCUUUAGAAAUCAUAGUGUGAAAGCAGAACCGAAACAAGUGAUAAAUGCAACAAUGUUGCAACUUUCAGCUCCCCAAUCCAACCGAGCCUGCUUGGUCAGGUGUGAAAGCGACCUUAUUUACAACAUUUGGUUUGGGUUCAUAAUGUCUAAUAUUUUAUUGCUUGACAGCGGACAUUAUACAACAUAUAACAUGAAAAGUUAAACACAGUGUUAGGCUUACUUCAACAGAAACUUCAUGUUUAAGUUGACUCAAAAGAAAAGGAGAGCAGAUUAGCCCAAGUGAAGUGCCUCAUGCCUCUACUGAACUGUCUGGUCUAACAACUGUAACUGCUGAAUUCUUUAGGUGUUGUUGAGCGGUGGGGUCGACUCGACAGUUUGCACAGCUCUUCUCAACAAAGCGUUGAACCAGGACCAGGUGAUUGCUGUUCAUAUUGACAAUGGCUUCAUGAGGAAGAGAGAAAGUCAGAGUGUGGAGGAGGCUCUCACUAAGCUGGGCAUCAAACUCAAAGGUGGGGAGACGAAGAAACAACUGCUGAGAAAUUAGUUGUGAUUCAAAUUUUGUCAUGUUGAAGUUUUGUUUUGAUGAUUAUAAAAGAUUUGUGAAGACCAAUGAUUCUAUCCAACAUAUUUUCAUUGCAUUCAAUACUUUUUUUCGUGGUCAUUGCUCCUUUUUUUCAAAGACUAAAUCAUUUAACCUAUAAAAAGACAAACUUUUUGCUUUAGAAGAUGUAGUUUUGUACUUGUAUUAAUUUUGCCUUAUUUGAUUUCAAAGCUCCUAGCUCACAAUCCCAUUGUGUUCUCGUAAUUUAACUAUUUCCUCCCUCAUGUGUUUCUUUUCUAGUGGUCAAUGCAGCCCACACUUUCUACAAUGGAACAACAACCCUUCCCAUUUCUGAGGAAGACAGGACACCUCGAAAACGCAUCAGCAAGACUUUGAAUAUGACUACCAACCCCGAGGAGAAAAGAAAAAUUAUUGGGGACACGUUUGUCAAAGUGAGUGUAGAGGCAAGGUACACAGGCAGGCAGGCAGGCAGAAAGUCACUUAGUUUUAAAGUUAGUUUAUUUAUCCCAAAGUAAAAUCUUGUUUUAGCUCUAAAAAAGGCCAAGAGGCAAAACAAUCAAACAAACGUCUGGUCGAGGCAGAACUAAAAAGCUAAAACAAGCUAUAAACCUUGACUCUUAGAAUUUAAGUGUGUAAAUGACUAUGUUAUAACAUAUUAAUUCAAAUCAGUAAAUAUUAGAGGGUUAGUGUUGGAACUCUUUGAAGCCUUAAGGUUAUAAAAAGGACUUCAUAACACACAAACCCCUUGAGUUUCAUUUAUCAAGUCAUGAACUCAUCAAUAAUUGGACAGUAAAGGUAAUUUUGCUUCAUAAUCAACAUUAUACCUUAAUAUUUCAAUUAAAUGUACUGAAACAAACGUGUUUGUCUACCCAUGAGCUUGGCCAAUGAGUCAGGAGUUUAUUUUGGACCUAUAUUACAUACGUCAUUUAACAUACUGGGUACAACCUGGGUACAUGCAAUAGUCAAUCAUUCAUCACACCAUCAGUUCAGUUGAAUACUUAGCAUCACAUGUGCAAGCGUCUGUAAAUAUUACACAACUUUUUUUGCCUGUAAUGUACGUGUUUACUCUUGUAUCCGUCUAAAUGAGGUGUGUGUUUACACAGGUGGCAAAUGAGGUAAUAGGAGAGAUGAACCUCAAGCCAGAAGAGGUUUUCCUGGCCCAGGGUACGCUGCGGCCCGAUCUCAUCGAAAGUGCCUCUCAUAUUGCCAGCGGCAAGGCGGAGGUUAUCAAAACACACCACAACGACACUGAGCUUAUCCGCAAACUCCGAGAUGAGGUACGUUACUCACGGACAUACCUGCAUAAGCACUGUAGUCCUGUUAAUGCAUCAAUCUAGCAAUUGUACAGGGAUUAAUAAAGCCAGUAAGAGAGAGCCAUAGUUCUUGCCAAUCAAAGGCAGAUGAAGGUGGGUCGUGAUUGCCAAAGCAUGGUGGUUACGGGAAACGGAAUACAAAUCAAAGUUUUGCUAGGUCAACAGAAAGUGGCGAAAGUUUAAACAGGGUGGAAGUAAUGUCAGCCAGCCAGUCAGCCUUAUCUGCUUGUCCGUAACUGGGUCGCUUGAGGACUGGAGACAAGGUUGACGGGGGAAGCGCACACAUACACACAAAUGGUCUUACAUUAUCUAUGGAAAUAUAUUACUAAAUGAGCAACACGCCGUCUUCUUCAGGGGUGUUGUUAUUUAUCAGUUCCAGCUAAUGUAGCAUGCCAGCAUGGACACGCAAUUUGUCUCAGAAGGCUCCGGCGUUGACAUUUACACAACUGUGCUUUUUGUUCUUUAAAGUUAGUGCUGCUGUAAGUUUUCAGGACUACAUUAUAUCUAAGUCAAGCCUUGCAUAACAUGUUCUGUUGAAGAGAUUGAAAUGACAUAAUAUCAAACUAACAGAAAAGGUGUUCAAGGUCUCCCUCUUCCACAGUCCUCAUUGUUUCAUUAGCUUUUUAAGUGCUGAUAUCUCUAAAAAGCACCAAACAUGGUAUAUCUGUUGUUUUUGGUUUAUCCAUUUCUAUAAAUGUUGGGUUUAUUCGUCAUUCUCUCACUGUUAAAAAGCUAAUCCCACUGCUCUGGGGUUCCUCAGGGAAAAGUAAUUGAACCCUUGAAAGAUUUCCACAAAGACGAGGUCAGAGCACUGGGGAGAGAGCUGGGCCUGCCAGAGGAGAUCGUCUCCCGACAUCCUUUCCCAGGCAAGUUACACAAUAUGCCUGUUAAUAUUUAGUUAUGCUUCUUUCUCUCAUGUACAAAUUAACUUUUUUCUCUUUUUCUUCCAUGUCAGGUCCUGGUUUGUCCAUCAGGGUGAUUUGUGCAGAGGAGCCCUACAUCUGCAAGGACUUUGCUGAAACAAACAACAUUCUCAAAAUUAUCACAGACUUCUCAGCAAGUGUCAAAAAGGUAAGAACAGUGAAGAAAGGUGUUUUUGUCUGACUGAUGAUGGGAUAUGAAUUAGUUUAUAUUUAGCAGCCUAACAUAAUACAACAAUUUGCAGGUAGAUGUCCUCAGUAAGCACGCCCUUUCUUCACAUUGUUCUCUGCAAGUAUUUUAAGUGAAGUAAUUCCUCACCAACAAGUGAUAGCAUGGCAAGCUUCUUUAUCCUCAAGAAGCCCGGAAAGGAAUAAGCCCAAAUAAUCUGAGAAUAUUUGUUCAUUAAUGCUGAGGGGGCGAAACUUUGUCGGGACUGGUCGUAUUUGUGAAACAACUAUUGAACUUUGUCCUGUAGUAAUUUUGGCGACUUGUAGGAAAUUCAGUCUGUCAAGAAAAGGUCUGACACCCAGACCUUUUCUUGACAGACUGACAGACUGAAACCCAUCAAAAGGAGUCGUUAGGUUUGGUGAAAGAUGUUUCUUGCUGCCUUUUGUCUGACAAGGCAUAAAUGUGUUUGCAGUGACAUGAGAACAGCUGUUCACUGUGCUGUUUAAUGUGCUGUUUUAAAUGUGGCAACGUAUACAAAAUGACUGUUUUUUUUUUUUUUUUCCUGCAGCCCCAUGCAUUGUUGCAGAGAGUCAAGUCGUGCAUAUCAGACGAGGAGGAAGAGGAGCUUAUGCAGAUCACCAGCCUUCAUUCACUAAAUGCCUUCCUGCUUCCCAUCAAAACUGUUGGUGUCCAGGUAAUCACUCCUUCAAAUUAAGUAACCCUUAAUUUUUUCGCUUUCAGGUCGACAAACAGUCCACUGACUCUAUAGCUGCCCCUGACAUCGAUAAAACAGUGUUGCCAUGACACUAAAAGUUGAGCUCAGGUGCAUCUCGUUUGCACUCAUCAUGCUUCAGGUGUUUCCACAACUUGAUUGGAGUCCACCUGUGGUCAAUUUAGUUGAUUGGACUUGAUUGAGGAAGAUACACACCUGUCUAUAUAAGGUCCGAUAGUUGACAGUGCAUCUCAGAGCACAAACCAAGCCUAAGGAGUAGUCCGUAGACCUGGAAGAGAGGAUGGUAUUGAAGCACAGAUUUGGGGAAGGGUACAGAAAGUUUCUGCAUUGAAGGUCCCAAUGAGCACAGUGGCUGACUAGUUUGGUCCCACUCGGACUCUUCCUCGAGCUGGCUGCCUGGCCGACCUAAGUGAUUGCAGUAGUAGGGCCUUAGUCAGGGAGGUGACCAAGAAGCCAGUGGUCACUUGGACAGAGCUCCAGCAUUGCUGUGUGGGGAAAAGAAAACCUUCCAGAAGGGCAACCAUUCGGCACCCCACUAUUCAGGCUUGUAUGGUUGCCCGACAGAAGCCACUCCUCAGUAAAAGACUCAAGACAGCCCACCUGGAGUUUACCUAAAGCCACCUGAAGGACUCUCAGACCAUGAGAAACAAAAUUCUCUGGUCUGAUGAAAUGAAGAUUGAACUCUUUUGCCUAAACGCCAAGCUUCAUGUCUGGAGGACACCACGCAAAGCUCAUCAGCUUUCCAAUACCAUCCCAUCAUUCUGUGGGGGUGUUUUUCAGCAGCAGGAACUGGGAGACUAGUCAGAGUGGAGGGAGAGAUGAAUAUAUCUUUGAAGUAACCUGCUCCAGAGCGCUCUGGACCUCAGACUGGGGUGAAGAUUUAUCUUUCAUUUAUCUUUCUCCAAUUUAGUAUUCAUCUAUCAACAGGACAAUGACCCUAAGCACACAGCCAAAAAAAACAAAGCAGUGGCUUCAGGACAACUCUGUGAGUGUCCUUGAGUGGCCCAGCCAGAGCCCAGACUCGAACCCAACUGAAAGAACCUUGAAGCAUCAUUCCCAAAACCAAAUAUUCAUUUCAUUUAUCCUUCUCUGGUCCCUCUUCCUUUACUCCGCUCUGUCGACUCUUUGCUGCCAGUCUGGAGUGACAGAGUGAGAAGAGGCAGACAGAAAGUUAAGACUCCAGAGAUCGUUUUUCAAAAUGAAGUUAUAUUCAGAGCAGUGUCACGUUUCAUGUGUACAAUUCCACACUCUUAAUAUGGUCCUUAAACAUGUGCAAAUAUAGACUUCAUGUUUAUAUGGAUCAAUUCAUACAAUAUCAUUUACAUUUGAAACAUCUGGGAAAAAAAAGGUGGUAAUUCUGGAGGCGCGGCGGCACUUAUUUUGACAUGGCAGCGCACCACAAUCAAUUACAUGUAGUAGCAGGCUAAAAACUGCUAAGGAGAAAUCAGAUGUGUGUAGGAGUGCACGUGGAUAUCCAGAAAUGGAGAAACAGUAUGUCCAUGUUUGCCAUGUCGUAUGUUUGUAAUAUGAGGUUAACCACAAGACACACCCACACACACAAAGCCUCUCAUUUUUCUCAUUCGCUGGCUUUUCCCAGCAAAUAAGAAAAAAGGAUUUGUCUAAACCAUCACAAUUUAAAUCAUCUUCUUUUACAGAGUCUUAAUCAGCUUCUCUCUAAUAUUAAAGUUGGUAAGAAAAAUACUGUCUGUUAUGCGUUUAUACUGCCCUGAAGUGCUGUGUACUCUUGUCAACAUAUUCCAUUUACCAUCUAGCUGUAUACUUCUGUCAGAUCCUGACUUUGUGCCUGUCUCCAAAUCCUGUGUCACUUCCUGUUUGAGGCCAUAGUUCAAAUUUAGCACCAGACCUCAGACUGAGAGGCAGGCAGGAGGAGACAGUAAAAGAAACAAACAAGAAAAUUUCACUUCACUUAGUUUUUUUGGGAUGAAAAAACAGGAGAAAAUGCAGAUCUUUCUAUAAAUGAAAACAUGACUGUAUGUUUCACUAAAAAUGUCUGUUUCCUGUUUUCUUUCUUUUUUUCUUUCUUUUUUUUCUUUUUUUACUCUACCUAGAUUUAAAGAUAAAUCUUGUUUGUUUAUAACUUCAAACUUACUCUCUAUGUCACAGGGUGAUUGCCGGUCCUACAGCUAUGUUUGUGGUGUCACAAGUAAAGAAUCUCCACACUGGGAAUCCCUCAUGUUUUUGGCCAGACUUAUUCCUCGCAUGUGCCAUAGCAUCAACAGGUAGUCCAUAAACUCUUCCUUCCAACGAUUAUGCUGGUUCAGAAACUUGCUGCUGCUGCUGCAUCUGAACACACAGUCACUUGUUCAUUGGUUUGUGUCUUUCUUUUUUCAGAGUUGUGUAUGUAUUUGGGUCCCACGUGAAAGAACCACCAACAGACAUUACUCCAACCUUCUUGACCACAGGCGUUCUGAGUACGCUCAGACAGGCUGACUUUGUAGCCCAGUCUAUCCUUAGAGAGUCUGGUAAGUGUAUAAGAUCAUAUAUUUUUAGUACUUCAGUAAAUGGGGAGGAAAAAACCCACAGUACACCUGCCAAUGUUGCUUCUGUAGAGGCAUUUACUUCUGUUACAUAAACAUAGCAUUAUACUGUUUAACAAGAGCUGUGCACACAUGCCCAUUAAUCAGUUGAUCGUUUAAGACCAGUAUUAUAUUUUAAUUUACCUUUAGCAUGAACUUUAAUUUGAAAAACUAUGAUCAAAACCUUGGGCUUCUGUUAAAUACAGUUUUCUGUAACACUGUUAUCGCCUUGAGACUUAACUCCACUGUGUCAGGAGAUAAGAUGUACACUUGGUGAUCUGGAGCUCAGUGAUAAGUUAGUUAAGAACAACUUGGCUCUUAAAAACAGUAUUGUGUGAGCAAUACUUGAUGGUGUUUUUUUUUUUUUUUUUUUUUGGGGGGGGGGGGGGUGUUUUUUUUUACAGUCCCUUAUACCAAUAGAAAUUAUAAAUUCAUAAAUGUACAAAAGGCAAAAUUAUUGUUAAAGUAUUUUGAUGAAAAACAACAAAUUUGUAUUAUUAUUAUGUCACAAUAUUGAAUUGAAAAGUUACUUUUACAAAACACAGAGUUUUAUCUGUGUCAUUGUGCGUUUACCCCUUUUCAUUAAAUCUAAAAAUAAUGUCAUUUGAACUGAACAACCAAACAGGCUUGGCUUGCAUCCCACUGGAUAAUCAUAGCCACUCUUUGCAAACCUGCAACAUGUGGUCUUCUAUGUGUUGGUUACCCACCCCACCUUGGUAGUGUUGAGAACUGAUUAAGACCAGGGAGGAGUUCAACAAAGUUGAACUGCUUUUCAUACUCAUAAAAACUGAAAGGGAUAUUCUGGCAUAAGAUUAAGUUAGGUUCAAACACACCGCAGCACCGAGUUAGGCACCCGUCGAGAGAUGAAUGUUGUCGGUCGCUUUCUUCUCUAGUUAAACCAAUUUUAGAGUUGGUGAGAGUGGGUAAGUUGUGUUUAGUCUCUUGGCUAAAGGAAUUAGGCAAAGGUGAAAAGAUGAUUGGUGGCUAGUACUAGGUGCUGUUCUGAGUAUUAUUUGUGACUAUAGAGUGGCGUUUUGGUUGAGUGCGUGGCUCAUUCAUUCAUCUCUUGGUGGGGUGUCUAACUCGGUGUUCUUGUAUGUUUGACCCUAACUUAAUUUUACGCUGGAAUAUCCCUUUAAGUUAAUGCCAAUUCUGUGAUAAACACCUUGUCCUCUUCUGACUUUUCCUCUUAUAGGCUAUUCCGGUAAGAUCAGCCAGAUGCCGGUCAUCCUGACACCCCUGCACUUUGACCGUGACCCACUGCAAAAGCAGCCAUCCUGCCGGCGCUCAGUGGUGGUCCGCACCUUUAUCACCAGCGAUUUCAUGACUGGCAUCCCUGCCAUGCCAGGCAAUCACAUCCCAGAGGAGGUAAACCAUUAUCCACCUUUGUGCUUGGCCUCAGAUGGUUUCUGUUAAGUCUUCACAGGCAGUGUUAAAUUUUGAGUAAUUAAUCUUGUUGUCUUGUUUCUCAGGUGGUUCUGAAGAUGGUAAACGAAAUAAAGAAGAUCCCUGGCAUUUCCAGAGUCAUGUACGAUCUGACCUCCAAGCCACCCGGCACCACAGAGUGGGAAUGAAACUCCUCAUUGCAUUGUUCUUAAAGGACACACACUCACACACACAAUGCACAAACACACUCAGCAGAUAGCAGAGAGGGCUGGUGAACUCUUCUCCUUUUCAGUCCUCCCUUCUACUCUCCUCACCCUUCUCCUCCUCUUCUUCUCUCCUGUACCUCCACCCCUCUCUUCAACAUUCCCAUGGAAAAGCAGACCGAACUGUGACAGGCGCACACGCGGAGGCACUUUAACUCUGCACUCCCCACAACUCCUCCCUGGUCUUAAUACUUUCGGCGAUGGGGAUUGAUUAACGUUGGUUAUUGAUACUAUAUUGUCAUUUUUUGAUCCAUGUACAACAGUGUUUAUUCUCCAUAGUAAAAAGGUAAAUUGCUGCUUCCUUUUUGUAUCGUCAACCUUAGAAGGCAAGAAGCGAGAAGCUGUGAAAGGUCAGAAUGUGGACUUUGAUGUUGUGCCUCAGAUUGUGUUAUGGAAUGAGCUUGAACAUGAAAACAAACAGUAGUAUCAAAAAAAAAUGAACAUCAGAAGGAGGGACUACAAAUCUUGAGCAGUUGUUUUCUGACUUUUGUGUCUGAAGUGUUUGUCUCACCAUCGUAUGUCAAACCAUUUUUAACUGAAGACGAUCCUCUCUAUUCGUUAAUUUUUCACUUUCUGCCUCUAUAACGCGCUAUGAAGAAGUUGUGUCUGUUUCAGGUAAAAACUGGACAGACCUUGUGACCAAUCAAUAUUUUUAAAGCUUAUUUUGCCAAACUUAGAACAUGCUGUAUUGAUGUAUGAUAUUGUGGGCUCCUCUGAUAAUAUCCAAGCUACAUUUGUUGACAAGAGCUUUUGACUUGUUGCUGAACCCUCUGAGGACAGCAAGCCAAGAUAAGCUGUACUAUGAGGACUAUUACGCAGCUGUGCUGGAGGCCAAUAUGAAGGAUAACUUUUGUAUGUGCCUGUUAAAUUGUGUUGAUAUUCCUUUGGAGUGACCCAAACUGGAUGUUUCUGUAAAGGAGGAUGCAACACUUUUUCUCCUGCCGCAAUAUGUGUACUUUUCAUGAAGAGUAUACAUAGCAAGGAGACUAGCUAAUAAUGAAAUCAUAGGUACAGUAGAGUUUAUAACUACACUGUGUAAAUUACUGUUGUCAUUUCUUCAUCAUUUGGCUGCUUGUGGAAGAAGGGCACAUUUUUUUGCACUUGUAGACUUGUUUUCACCCUUAAUGUAUUGGUGCUUUACUGGCAUAACAAUAACACAACAUGUCACUUUGUUAGUGUCAAAGGUCAAGUUAAAGGGGAGGGGAUGCUAUCGCUCUCUCCAACAGAAGUUCAGUGUCUGAGACGUCUGAAUUUUUAUCUAUCAUUUUUGGUCGAAACAUCGAGCACAUUAUAUCACUAGUCUUCAGCCUUGUCAUUUUGAUCUCAGCGAAUCAGCGCUCAGGUUUAACUGAGUUGUGAAGAGUGUAUUGUUCCCAUAAUAGAGACAUUUCACCCAGAUACGGUGGUUCUCAUGCCUCCAGAACUUGUUUUCGUGCCUCUCAUACUCUGUUGAAUCCUUAAUCUUUAGUGGCAAAAUACCCCAAUACAAAAUGAAUAGUUUUUCUCACCUAACUGCUGUCAUUGUUUCUCCUUCUCUUCUGCCUUUUUUGAAGUGAUUUCUUUUUCUGUUACACACAGUAUGCCUCCAUUGCAAACAACAGCCUGAAGGUGAUGGAGAUAUUUUUUUGUAGUUUAAUUGCAAUAUCAAUAAGAUUAAGUUAUGCAAAUUCAUGGUUUUGUUUUUUUGUUUUUGUCUUCUUCAGUGUUGUUCAACAACGCUCAUUCUCCUUUAGUAAUGUGCCUCAAACUAAGCCACUGCAUGCAGUUUCAUCUACAGUUACAUUUGUACUAUGGAAAUAUGAGCUUUAAUAAAGAUCGUCAUGUUGAAACUUCUUA